AUGACAUCCAUCCCCAUUCCACCUCUCCCAGAUGUAUGCAAUGCGUAUCGUCUGAUCGAGAAGAGCAAGAAGGUAAGAUUCCCAUCGGUACCAGCGGAUCAGACACUAGUCUUUCUGCUGCCACCAUCUCAAGCCAGCUAUCCACUAUUCGCGUCUCACAAUGGGUAUGAGUGGAUUACGCUGGGCUCGGAAGAGGCGCCUAUUUCUCCGGAUAUAAACGUCAUCCUCCAUAAUCAAGAUCGUUCGCCUAUUCGAUCGCAAAUAACCCAAGUGGAAGGUCAGAUCGAGGUGCAGCGCACAACCAUUGACUACAACGUUGAAUCGAUGUCAGCUGAGAGGCUGUGCAGUUACAUCCAGGAGUUUCUUAAAAAUUUUGAAGAAGAAUCCAGUCCCGAGAUGAACAUAGUCGCGGUCAAAAGCCAGCCAAGUCAUUUUAGGCCGCUUCAUGACACGAGCAUCCCGAGCAACUACAAGGUGAUGAUGGGCAAGUUCUACGGUCAAGCCUUGCUACGGACAAUAAGCUCACAGGGAACUGCUACCAGAACUCGAGACAUUCGAAGACAAGAUCCAAGCUGUGUUCAACCCCAAGACCCCGAAGAUUACCAGACCUUGCUCAUACAGUGUCUCAACCAUAAUCAAGCGCUUUUCUGGCAGCAAGCUCCAGCCCAGAGACUUCAGCAUAUACUUUGGUUAUUAUGGGAUGAUACAACGCUACUCAAUUUACUUCGGUCCAAACCAAUGAAAAAAUUGGCUAAUAAGCGUCUACCAAUCUGGGCCCUACGGGGCUACUCUAUGAAUGUGAACGGGUUUAACCGAGUCACUCAGAGUACACUCAGCUUCUUUUCAUCCAAGUUUCAUAUGAUCGCAUUGCAAGAAACCAAGUUCACCAACCCAGCUAGCCGCAAGCGUGCGGACUUUUUGUGGAGAAAGACCUCGAGCUUCAAUAUCGCAUUUUCGUCCCACGACCAUUCCAACAUAUAUACCGGGCAGGCGGGAGUAGAUAUUUACUCACCCCUACCUGUCCGGUCCAAGAUAUUCAAGAUAUCACGGAAACCCAAGUGA